UGUUUAAACUUCCUGUAAGCUUCAUUGUCGAUAGGCUGGACGCUAGUGGACCGAAAACGCAAAAUCAUGACAGACACAACAACUAAAAAGCCAGAUCUUGGUCUGUUAGAAGAAGACGAUGAAUUUGAAGAAUUUCCGGCUGAAGACUGGAAUGGUGAGGAGGAAGAGCCAGAGGAUAUCAAUGUGUGGGAGGACAACUGGGAUGAUGAUAAUAUUGAUGAUGAUUUCUCAAAGCAGCUGAGAGCGGAGUUGGAGAAACAAGGCAAAAAUCCUGAUGGCACAGAACCCAUGAAAACAUAAUGACCUUGUAUUCCUCUUACGUUUGUCUUUGAUCAUCAUCUCCAAAAAUCAUCUGAUUUCAUUUUCAUCAAGUUCAGCCAUUUCAUCAUCUUUAUUGUUCAUUGUCUACAACUUAUCACUGGCUUAUUGUCACAGCUAAGAUUUUUUAAGGCCAUGGAAACAGUCCUUGUUUUUGCUGUUCGCAGAGUUUUGAGCUGUGUCUGUCAUUGUCUGUGUCAUGAUUGCCAGUUGAGAUUUGCAUGGCUGGUUCAGAGCAUGAGCAUCGUGUGAAAGUAAGAGUGGUUAUUGAAUGUUGACGCUGUUGUUAUCAUCAUCCAUCUUAUUUUUCUCAUUGUCACCCACGUGGCACCCAUUUUGCUAGCAUCAUAACUUUGAUGAUUGGUGACUUGGCUAUGGGUUCAAUAAAUUUGAAAGGGUUUUCUAUUCAAA